GUCCUUGUAUUUUGAUCAAUUUCAACGCAAACUUCUGAAAGGGUUCUGCAUCGCUUUAAUCAUUAACAUUAUCCUAAUUGGCAUCGCUUGGAAAAUAUUCGGGAAGGGGAUUUGUGAACGUUUUAUGAAACCAGCUACAUCAAAAGCAAUCGACGAGCUAAAAGCGAGCGUGUCCAAGCUUAAACUUCCUAAGGAGCACACCCCCCGAAUUUAAAAUAAUGGCGGAAAAAAUUAAGAAAUUCUUUGCUAAGAAAAAAGCCGACGCAAAAUUUAAGUUAGCAGGUCCCGGAAGGCGACUGGAUGUUUCUAGUGAUUCGUCCUCUAGUUCAGUUGCACCGAGCAGACCUGCUGCGUCGAGAGGAGCGCCUACCGAGGCGACAAUACACGCGGCGAUUGCCGCCGAGGCACGCCUGGGUAGUCAAAGGAAAGACACUAAUUUUAACACAUCGUUUGGCGCGAUCCAAGCUCAAGUACGCAGAGAGUUGCAGGCCGGGCUCAAGAACGAAGACCCAAAGCAUUCGCCUCCAUCCCAGAGACAUUCGAUGGAGCGAGAGGUGGAAUUAGAAGCUUCGCCCACUUUAGCGGUGAGAGGAGUCUACUAUCGUUGCCCGUUCGUCAGUAACGAAAUUUUACCCAAAGAUGAAUGGAAAAGUAAGCUUGCAGAGUUUCUCUUUGAACAAUUAGAAGCGGAACGAUGUCUAACCGCUUGUUUAAUAAUACAUUCCUGUAAUUACAAUAGGACCAAAAUCAGUGAUGGUGUGGAAGUUCUUUGUAAGUAUUUAGACAAUAUAAUCGCCAAUCCAGACGAACCAAAAUUUCACAAAAUACGCUGCUCGAAUGCCACAUUCAAAGAGAAAGUUUUACCUUUGGUCGGCAGUACGGAACUGCUGUAUGCUGCCGGAUUUCGGCAACAGAGUUUGGAGCACAACGGGGUAAUGGAGGAGUUUUGGGUGUUUGAAAAGGAUAAUAUUGAAGAAAUGAAGACUCUUCUAGAUCUAAGAGAAACAUUAAAAGAAGAAGCUCGAAUUGACAUUGAACUUGAUCGUAACGCUCAGGUCCUAUUCGCCGCCCAGGCGUCCGCAAGAUAUAAUUUGCCUCCGGACUUUUUCCAAUUGUCACCCGAGGAGCUUAAAAAAGAACAACAGUCGAAAACUGAAAUGAUGGAAAAACAGAUGCAACUUAGAACGAAGGUGAUGCGAGAAAGAGAGGAGCAGCGCGAGCUCAGAAGAUACAAAUACGCGCUUAUUAGGGUAAGGUUUCCCGAUGAUUGCUUUCUGCAGGGCACGUUCUCGGUGUAUGAGAAAUUUUCUGCAGUGGUGGAAUUCGUACAAGAGCACCUAAAUGAAAGUGCGCCGUUCAUUUUGUAUUCGACUACAGGUCACAAAUUGGAAGAAACUGAUUACGAUAGCACUUUACUUGCUUUAAAGCUGGUUCCUGCUACAGUCCUUAUAUUUGGAUGGGAUACAGAUUCUGCAGAUGAAACCAAUCAGUAUAAUACGUACCUCAAGCCUGAAACGAUGAUACUAGCACAGCCGCUCUAAUUCAUCUAAAUGUUUACAGAUUUUAAUAAAGCUUAGCACGUUUAAUUUAAUUGUAUGUUAUAAUUCUACAUUAUAUUAUAUUUGAAAGCUUAAAUGCAAAUGUUAUGUUAC